UGCUCACAAGACGUAAGCAGAUUGUGUGUGGAUGUAAAUUAUCAGGAUUUUUAUGGAUCGCCCCGUUUAAACAGACUGUUUGACCCCGUGACCUGUUCGUCGUGGAGCCAGUCGGACCAUGGCUGCCAGUGUGGCGGUGGGGGAGAGCCAGCUACAGAGGAUUAUCAGAGAUCUACAUGAUGCAGUUGCUGAGCUCACUAAAGAGUACAGGGAGAAUGGGGAGCCAAUCACUGACGAUAGUGUCAAUCUGCACAAGUUCUCCUACAAACUGGAAUACCUGCUGCAGUUUGACCAGAAGGAGAAAACAACAUUUCUUGGCACCAGAAAAGACUACUGGGAUUAUUUCAGCGACUGUCUGGCCAAGAUUAAAGGAGCCAAUGAUGGUAUACGCUUUGUGAAAUCCAUUCCAGAGCUGAAGACUUCUCUGGGAAAAGGCAGAGCUUUCAUUCGCUACUCCCUGGUGCACCAGCGACUGGCUGACACCCUGCAGCAGUGCCUAAUGAACCAGAGGGUUACCAGUGACUGGUACUACGCUCGCAGCCCUUUGCUGAAGUCCCAUCUCAGCGUCGACAUCAUUAACCACCUGUAUGAGCUCAACGAGGUCCAGUUUGAUGUGGCCUCCAGGGGUCACGACCUUGACUCAUCCUGGCCCACCUUUGCAAGGAGGACCCUGGGCACACCCAACUCACCUGGCCACAUGUGGAAACCACCUAGUCGCAGCUCCAGCAUUAACAGUCUGGCCAGCACAUACUCUCAGCAAGCGCAAGAUUUCCAUGGCAGCCCAGACUAUGGGCCUGGCAUGCUGAGUGAGCUGAACGAGUCAUUGCCUUCGGGCGUGGAGGUGAGCAUGUUGGACGAGCUCCGUCUAGAACUGGACCGGUCUGAGCUGAAGCAGCGGGAACUCCUGGACAAGGUGCGUCAGAUGGGGGAGGAGGGCGCCGAGCUACGGGGUGUGGUGGUGGAGCUCCAGAGGCAGCUGGACGUGUCACUGACCGCCCAGGAGGAACACCAGGGGCUCCAAGGGGCCCUGAAAGCCUUGGAGGCACGGGAAGUGGCCUUGUCCCGUGAGCUGGAGGCCCUGAGGACUGGAGAGAAAGCUAAAGAGGCAAACCAGUGCCACCUCCAGGAGAAGCUGGCAGCUGCUGAGGCGAAGAAUGUGGACCUGAUGGCAAAACUGGAUGCAGUGUUGAAUGAAAAGGGCCAGCAGGCAACUAGCUACUUUGACUCAGCACAGAAGAUCCACGAGCUGCUGGACAGACUGAAGGAAGCAGAAAGGGGGAAGACGGAGGCUCUGGCAGAGGGAGAAGAUAGAAGGAGGCAGGCUGACAGACUGGCAGACGAGCUGAGAGUCAAGGAGGUGGCAGCAAGGGAGGACAGAGCAAAACUGGAAGCUCUGUCAAAGUCUGCUUCAGAGGAGAAAGCUAGCUUUGCAGAGCGUGUGGAGGAGCAGCGCAACACCGUUGACAAGCUGCAGGGGGCCUUGAGUUUGAGAGAGAAGGAGGCCAGCAACUUGUUGAGGCAACUGCAGGACAUGCAGGGAACUCUGGAGGAGAAGGAGAGACAGGCAGAUGAUGCCAGUAAGAGGGCGCAGGAGGAUAAAGAGGAGAUACAGGGAAACAUGGAGAAUCUGAAAGAGACCUUGGAUGCGGAACUUCUUCACUUGAAGGAGCAGUUAAAAACCAGAGAAGCGGAGCUGCUCACCAGCACCCAGAGGCUCCAACAUCUGGAAGUCCAGAACCAAAGCCUGACCAUGGAAAGGGACGGCCUAAGGGCCAACCUUUCCGAGCUGGAGUCCGGCAUCAGGGAGCAAGCCAAUAAGAUAGAAGAGUACAAGACCCAAUGCACCAACCUGAUGGAGCUGAACGGGAAGUUGCUGGUCACCGUAAAGAGAAAUGAGGAACUGACGAAGGAGCUGGCGGAGAGCCGGGCAGCCCUGGACGGUGAGGUGGCUGCUCUGAGGGCCUCAGACAAGCAGCUGAGGGGCCAGCUGGACGACGCCAAGGUGACCGUGGAUGAAAAAGACCGGAGGCUGCGCGAGGAGAACCGGGCCUUAGACGAAAGUCUGCAGAGGGCAGCCUUGGCCGCCGAGGUCUCAGAUGCUGCCGCCAAACGUCUGGAACAAGAUAACCACGCCUUGAGGGAGGAGCAGAACACGGUUAGGGCAGCACUGAGCUCCAUGCAGGAGGAACUGAAGUCCAUCCAUGGACAGAUUGGAGAGCUGGAGAAGAGCUUGGCCGCAUCUCGCAGAAGUGAGGCCGGUCUGCAGGAGAAGCUAAAAGACAGGGAGGCCCAGCUGGAGAACAAGGAGAGGAGCUGUGCAGAGCUCCACGCCAGGGUGGAGGCCCUGGAGGCCAAAGGCAGAGCACUAGAGAAGGCCAAGGCUGAUGCGGAAAAAGCCUGCACCAAAAAGACUAAGCAGAUAGAGAGAGUCACCACUGAGAAGCAAACGUUUGAGAGAGCCCAGCUAGAGAGGAUUUCUGUCCAGGCCAAGGAGAGUCAGGAGAUGGUUGCCAAGGUGACGAUGAUGGAAGGCCAGCUGGAGGUGAACGUAAAGGAGGUGUCCAGGCUCCAAGCUGAAGUGCUGGAUUUGAGGGUGCAACUGAAGACCUCUGGGGAGGACAGGAUGAGAAGCCAGGCCCAGCUGGAUGUGACAGAGUCCCAGAGAGAUGAACUCAGGACCCUAACAGAGCAGCUUAAAGCUCAGAUGCAGGAGCUUACCCAGAUGCACGUGGCUGAGCUCAUGCAGUGCAAAGAGAGGGAAGAGGCUCUGAGCAAGGAGCGUGAGCAGGAGGCAGCAGCCCGGGCCAAGUUGGCUUCUGCAGAGGCCUUCACCAGGGAAGAGCUGGUUGCACUCAAGGCCCAGAACGAGAGGUUGGCCAUGGAGAACGCUGAGACACGUGAGGGACUCCAUCGAGCUAAUACAGAGAUGGCAGAACUGGGGAUGACCAUCUGCAGACUGACUGCAGAAAAGGAGGAGGCCAAGGAAGGCUGGGAGGUGGAGGCAGGAAGGAUAGGAGAGGUGGAGGAGAGGACGGCCAGGGAGCUGGAGCGGCUGGAGGCCUGCAUGGCCGCAGUGCGUCAGGAGAACGCCAGCCUGAGAGAUGAGCUCAGGCAGUCUGAGAACCUUCCGGCAGCCAUGCUUGAGCUCCAGGACAAGUUGGAGAAAGCAGAGGGCCAGGUGAGGAACCUACAGGAAUCCAGUCGGGAGGAGAUUGAGGCGGUGAAGUUCCAGAUGAGCUCAGAAAGCAUGAAUCAUCAGAACCAAAUUAAGAACCUAAAUGAUGAACUGGGGAUAUUGAAAGUCCAGCUGCCUAAAGAGCAGGAGAAAGUUUCUAGUCUGGAGGUGAAGGUUGCUGAGUUAGAGAGGGCGAAUGAGGAGUACUCACAGCUGAUUGUAGAGAAGGAUGCUCACAUCACAAAGACGGAAGCAGCCAUUCGUCAGACUGAGGAAGAGAUUCAGCAACUGAGACAAUCGGUCACCAGUGCAGAGGAAGCUCUUGCAGCGGUACAGGCAGUCCGUGAGGAGCUUAAGCAGAAACUGGAGCAGGCCGAGGUUGAGAAGCAUAAUCAUUACCUCAGGACGACCGCAGAGAUUGAUGACCUCUACCGAACCAAAAGUACCCUAGAAGAGCGCCUCAUUGAACUGAUCAAGGAUAAGGAUGUUCUGUGGCAGAAGUCAGACGCGCUGGAGUUUGAGCAGAAGCUGCGGGCAGAGGAACGCUGGCUGCAGGACAGAGAGACCACCCACUGCCUGGGCUGCCAGGGCCAGUUCACCUGGUGGCUUCGCCGGCACCACUGCAGGCUGUGCGGUCGCAUCUUCUGCUACUACUGCAGCAACCACUUUGUAAAGACAAAGCACAGCGGGAAGAAGGAGCGUUGCUGCAGGGAGUGUUACACCCAGCACAGCGCCAUUGUGGAGAGGUUCACUGAGGGCGAGCUGAGCCCCUCCGAAAUCGAGCCUCCUCCCCCUAGAGUUGGGCCACACCCGCCCCCUGAACCUGCCCCCUACAUUCCCACUCCCCGGGUUACAGUAUCGGAUCCUGGAACGAAGUCUGAAGACGGGGCCUAUGACAUCAUCACAGAGGAGGAAGUGAAUGGCAUUUACGACAGCGACUCACUGUCUCAAGCCACCGCGGGUUCACUAGAGGGGGACCAGGACAUACGGCCAAACACAAGCACAGGAGACAUGACCCCAGAGGACCCGGAUGAGAAUGUGCCCACUGUGCAGGACGCAGAGAUCGCCCUUCUCAAGUCUGGAGAAGUCACGCUGGUUGUCCCUCUCAGCAUGGAUGAUAUUUCUCAGUUUGGUGACAGAUCCCGGGAGCUCUUUGUCAAGUCCAGUUGCUACAGCGUGAUCACCAUUGCGGUGGUUGACUGUGGCCCCACUGUAAGUUGGGUGUUCUCCUCAGAGCCCAAGAGCAUCGCGUUCAGUGUUGUGUACCGCGAGAACACCAACGUCACCGUGGGACAAUCCAAGGUGCUGAUCCCUCUGACCCGAUGCAACUCCCACAGAGAGACCAUUCAAGGCCAGCUGAAAGUCCGGAACCCUGGUAUCUACACACUCAUCUUUGACAACUCUUUCUCAAGGUUCAUCUCAAAGAAGGUCCUGUAUCACUUGACAAUUGAGAAGCCAAUAAUUUACGAUGGAAGUGAUUCGUAAGCCUGCAUAAUGGAUUAUGAGGGUAAAAGUUAUAGGUAUCCACAGUGUAAAUUGUCUUUUACCAGUAGUUAAAACAACAAACAGGAAUGUAUUUGUUUUGGGAUGACCCAUCAUGUAUUUUAGUCCAAGUUCUGUAUUUGUAGGAUAACUACAUUUUUAACACUAGUGUUUUCUUUUUUUGAAGGGAGUUGGUUUGGUUAUGUUAGUUUAACUACUGGUUAUGUUAGGUUAACGAUUGGUUGUGUUAGGUUAACUAAAGACUACAGAUCAGGUGGAAUGUUUUGACCUAAUGGACUGUGAUUAUGUAUGACAAACACAGGAAGACCAGUAAUUCCAAAAACAAAUCUCAAAAACUUCUGAGGAGCUCAAAUGGUAACCUUACCAACUACACUGUGAUCUUGUUAAACACAGAUGAGGUGAUUGUACACACUACAUACGAUUACAACAUCUUUAUAAAAUGUUCUCUAAUGGCCCAUCGCUUUGUCCACAAGUGAGGUGACCAUUACUGAGCAGCUUGGUACAUUUUAACAACCAAAUGCUGUAGGCAAUACUCUAUAUAAUAUCAUCAGAUUUAUGAUCAAGAGGGGGGAGAUUACUGUUAGAAAAACAAGUAUAGCUACCCUACAAAGUGUUCAAAGGAAAAUUUGACUUUACGGUUGUCUCUAUUGCUGUCUGACUGAAAGGAAGUGAGGACUUAAGUCACCAGGCAGUAAUUCAUGGGAUUGAAAGCUUUGCAACCAAUUUCUUGUCAGUGGGAGAUUUUGAAGUUUAAUCUGUAAGUGAAUUGAACUCAGACUCAAGGGUUGUACCAUAAAAGAGCUUUCUCUUCAAUCAUUGGUAGACUUUCUACUUGUUCUGUGUUUUCUUUUUUUAGAUGACUGCCAUCUGAUGUUGUUUAAAGAAAUUAAUUUGAAAAUAAUUUUGUUGCAAAAGACAAUGUUUAAUUACUCAUGGAUACAGUCUGUAGCUUAUGGUUAACAGAAUGUUAUUUACUUCCCAUUUUGGGCUGAAUGUGUAAUAUGUGGUUUGUAUGUGCAUGAUUCAUAAGUAGAAUCACUAUCAUACCUCAGUCAGUCAUGAUCCUCCAAGUUUCAAAGCAAAUGGUUUUAAAAGCAUAAUCGGCAUGACACACUAUUUCGGGGACACCUUUUGUCUGGACUUUUACAACCAGCGGGCAGAAGUCUUAAACUGAAUUUUUUAUGUAUUUGUUAUUAACUGUCACAGUAAUAUUAUUGCAUUAUUCCAGGGUUUGUAUUAUAUUACGACACAUGGUUACAAUUUUUGGGAGUCCCGAAUUCUGUCCGAAGAUGUUCUAUAGCUACUAAUACUAUCAACACAAUUUCAUCUAACUAUCUGUUGAUAAGCAACUGGUUGCUAAGUUUAGGUUUCAGAUUUGGUGUAGAUUAACAUUUAGGGUAAGGGAUAGGAUAAAGGUUUGGGUAAGGGAUAGGAUAAAGGUUUGGGUAAGGGAUAGGAUAAAGGUUUGGGUAAGGGAUAGGAUAAAGGUUUGGGUAAGGGUUAGGAUAAAGGUUAGGGUAAGGGUUAACCUAACUAGGGUUAGUAGAUAGUUAAAAUGUUACUGAUAGUAGAUAAUCUGUAGAGCAUCAACAGGCAUGCUUGUUACCCAUCAUACUAUCAAAUAACAUGAUACAUUUCAUCCACUAACAAAACAACUACCAAGUGCCAAAAUUUUGCCUAUAGGACUUUUUGGAUUACACAUGAAUUGCCCUGUGUAAAUUAAAACUUAAGAAUCAAUAUUGCUCAUUGUUUAAAAGAAAAUAGCAUUUUAAAUGUCUUUUGCAUUACCAAGUCUUGCUAUAAUAAUGUUUACUAAGACUGCUAUCUACAAAAUGUCCACUUUCAUGUUUAGGUUAUCUUCAAGGAAUGAUGCACAACCAUUUCAUCCAAUGCAUAAUGCUGGUUACCAUGACAAGUAUAUGUUUGCGAACCAAAAUAUAAUGCAAUAUACAACCAUUUAGUUUUUUACUGAGUUACAGUUCAUGUAAGAGAAUCAAUCAAAAAUGAAUUUAUUAGGCCUUAAUUUAUGGGUUUCACAUGACAGAAGUAAGUCUUUUGUGUAUAUGGAAGAUGAAAUCUUGGACCAACAUUUUACAAGUUUAUUUGUAUCUAUAGUUAUUCCAAUAUAUUUUGGGAUAAUAUGGAAUUGUGCAUAAACAAUUGAGCAGACCAACAAUAUGAAGUGAAGUGUACCUAUGAUAAAAAUGACAGACCUCUACAUGCUUUGUAAGUGGGAAAACCUGCAAAAUCGGCAGUUUAUCAAAUACUUGUUCUCCCCACUGUAGAUGCACUGUGUGGUGUUGGUUCGAUGGUUAAUGAGCUGAAAUUUGAAGUCCCAGAAAAUUUCCAUACACACAUUUUAGAGGCAUUUCUUGUCAUGUGAACUGUAAAUCAGUAAAAUCUUUGAAUUAGUUGCAUGUUGGGUUUAUAAUUUUAUUAACAUUAAGGAAAAUGAGAUGUUAUGUUUUAUUGUAAGGUAUUUUAGCAUGGUGUUACAGCCCUGUCUAUUAGAUGUGUAGGAUUGCUGUUUGUUGUUCAUAUAUAAGGGUCCUGAUGUAUUAGAAUUGUAUGCUGUCAGGUUUUCCAUUGGUACUAACCUUUAUAUUCAUCCCCUUUUUUCCCCUGGCAUUUUCAUGCUUUGUUUGACAGGAAAGUGGUAAAAGAUUUUUUGCUGAAGGCAGUGGUCUGGAUUCAAACCCGGGCUGCAGCAGUAAAUGCGCAUCAGAGGCAGCCUUUUAUUUCUCGAUUUAGUCUCUAGUAUAGCGAUGAAAUCGUAGUCAUGCCACUCUUUUUAUGAUACUGAAUAUUCUUAGUGAUCUGCAUUUUUCAUUAAUGAAGGAUGCUCCUGGGUGAAGUUUCCCUAUGGAUCAGGUCUGGGAUCAGCUUCCCCAUCUCUAAUCCUAUAGGGAAAUGCAAUACUGGCACACAGUCCGAUUCUAAGGGUUACUUCACCUUAACAGUGAUGAUAAAGAAGGGCUACACCUGGUGCUGUUUUGUAGAGAAUUGUUUUCCUAUUUUUAUAAGGAACAUCUUUGUAUUUUAUGAGUGAUCUAAAUUUGUGCAAUUUGUAUAGGAAUCCUCAUAUUUUCUCUAAAGUUUUGCACUUUUGGAAACAAGAGCAAUAUUAAUAAUUUACCAAGUCAAAAGAAUUAGUAUUUUGAAAGUAUUUUAAAUCAUGUUUGUUCUUAUGGUGUUUUUAAAAGAGAUUGUUCUUGACAAUAUCCCAUGUAUCUUUGAUUAACAGACUAAGUGCUUUGUUGAGUCUGCAACUGUCAUGUAAUCUCAGUGAAAUGCACAGGAAUCGGUUCUCUAUCUAUGCAAUCACUGUUCCAAUGAUUACUAUGCAUGUGAAGUUCAACAUUAAAAUAAAGGUUGUAAAUGAUG